CUGAGCAUUUGCUUGCAGGCGCUAAAACAAAAUGGCGGACGGAGGAAGUCACGAACAGGGACUAGAGUUUUUGCAGAAAUGCUCAAAGCAAGAAGCCGAGAAAAUAACACAGGAACUCCUAGAUUGUAUAUGCAGUGGGAAAAACUUGAGAUAUGAGAACUAUGGAAAGAUUUGGACCACUGAAGAAUGGAAAUUGUUACAGCAAGCUGGGAUAGAAACUUUGAAAGGAUUCACUUCAAGAGGGCUAGACAAAGAACAGAUUUCUAAGGAACUUGACAGGUUUUCUCUAUCAUCUGAAGUCAAGCAAGCUGUCCUAGAUUGCAUUUGGCCUCGUCAAGAAGAAGUUAGACGUAGUUUAGUGUCAAGUACGGCAGCUAUAACAAAUUCGUACCUGAAAGACUUUGACUGGAAAGUCAAGAUGAUCAUGUCCAGUGACAAGUUAGCAAACAUUAAAGAACCUGUAGUCGCACUUGACUUUGAUGUUGUUGAGAGUGGUGAAGAUAGGAAUGUAUCUGUAGAGCUUACAAAGGAGGAACUUAACAGUCUUAUAUCAUCAUUAGAAGCAGCCAAUAAGGUUGUGAUGCAGCUGAAAAAAUGAUAGAAUUAUGGAACACUUUUUUUUAAUAAAUAGGAUUUAUAAAUAUUCAUAUUAAAUAGCCCUGAGACAUAUGUGACUUUGUUCAUAAUCAUUCCUUGCAUGCACUGUUUUGUAAUAAUGUGGUGGUUUUAUUACUUUAAAGAAAAUGACAAAACUUUUAAAUUUGAAAGACAUGUUUCGACAGAACCUCCUGUCAUCUUCAAUUAAUUGAUGUACAAACCAUUGGAAGUUAAAUUUAUAAUAAGCAGAAAAAUGCUAAUUGGAAUGAAUAGUAACAACAAAAUGAAGCAUUUUUCUACUUAUUGUAAAUUCAACUUCGAACACUUUGUACAUCAAUCAACUUCAGGAAGAUGACAGUAGGUUCUCUCAAAACCUGUCUUUCAAACUUAAAAGUUUUGUAAUUUUUUUUAAAUUCUUGACUUGCCUGCUAUUAUCAAGACCCUUUUAUUACUUUAUAAAAAAUUAUUUCAUGGAUAGAGCAUUAUUUGGGAACUUAACACGGGUGAAUACAGAUGUACACAUGUACACAUGAUAUUAAAGUUGGGGGCCCUGGGGUAAAAUUGUAAGUUGGAGCUUGACCAAUUUUUCCCCUAGUGCUUUGAUCUCCCAGAAUGCUUAGUUAUAUUAUUUCAGUCAAAAACGCCCCUUUUUCACAUCUUGAAAGAAUUAAUGUCAGAAAUUUGUCAGGCCAGAAACACUUUUAAUUUACUAAGAAGCUAGGAUUAGUUUACAUUUAUGCCUGUCAUAGAUUCCAUGUUUACUAACUAAAAAGAGAAAACUUGUAGCUGGUAAACAAGCAGACUUAUUAUUGCUUGUGACACUAAACUAAUUAAACUGUAUAAGAGUGAUUCAAAAACUGUAAAAAUAUUACUUUUACUUGAGAUCAUCUUCCUCUUACAAAGCAUUUUCAUACCAUGGGUGAAAUAAAGAAUUCAAAAGGAAUUUUAUUGUGCCAUCAGUGUUUUCAUUGGUGCUUAUCUUCUACCUAGGGAAAUCUGGCAAUGUUUCAUCAGUAUUCCAACAUCUUUACAGUAUUGCACAGGCUGGAGUUUAAAAUCGAACUACCAGCACUAGACGGCUGCCUUCUUGGAAUAGAACAGAUUUACUUUUGGAUUUGUGUACAAAUUUUGUUGACCUUCCCCCACACUCCAAACCUUCUCACUCUCCCUCCCGAUGAAAGACAAACAUCUGUCAUCAGAGCUUUAACUCAGGACAAGAAACACAAAUAAAACUGACUUCAAUAAGUGGGUGUCCAUAUUAAGGUAAUGUCAGUAUUAAGCAGGUAUCUGUAGAGAGCAAUUUCUCUUAGAACUUUGAGAAACUUCAGUCUAUGUUACCAAUAAAUUUAUAAACUGUUUAAGAUCAACCUCACGGGAAAGUGUCACAAUGAAAAAACAAAGAAACAUCAUCGAAAAGGAAAAUACUUCUACAUUGUAUUUUGCUCUGUAGAAUCUUUUUAUGGACUGGUGUAUUUGGUGGUGGUAUUUGACAUUAUUUGUAGUGAAAUUAGGUAAAAGAGAACUUUCAAUAAAAUGGAAUUAAAUAUGUUGUUUUUUUUCCUCAAAGACCUUGCCUGGGUUAUGUGUGAAAAACAAUGCAUAUUGAUCAUUUCAUUUCACCCAACUGCUGAAACCAAACUUUUGUUACUGUUAAAACAAAAGUCAAUUAAAACAGAAAAUGUUUUCUAUUUCUUUUUACAAAUACUACAAUGAAAAGCAAGGAAAUAAGUCUUUUAUUACAUUUAUUGCAAUGUAAAUUGUUUGUUCGCUCAAUCAUUAAUUUAACUUUAAAUACGUACUAGUUCUCCCAGUUUUAAAGAGUAUUGCAAGGUAUUUUCUAAUAAUUGCUUGUUAGAGACUUGGGCUUACAGUUUAAUUUUUUGAGUAACACCUUAAAAGAGGUUUUCUGAGCUGGAAGUUGAGUUUACAAAUAGCUUUCUAAACUAAUUCUUGAUGCAAUAUGCGUUGAUGAGGAUGAUUCCACAACAAAUGUCCGGUUUAAUGGUUGCGCAAAGAUAUUAUCAAUCCUUUACCAUUCUGUCACAGUUCUCAAGGGGGCCACAAAUUAUAACAUCUUGAAGACUCUGUCAACUUAGCGUGAAAGGAGAAUGUUAGCUGAAUAUUUUAGAUGUGAUCACAUUUUAAAAUGCCAUGCAAAUAAUUUAUUUAGGCAGUUGAUGUCCAUCGCCAUUGCAGUUUUAUUCCAUAUACAAAUAUGCAGAUUGUCAAAGUUUGCAACCAAUCCUGAGAGAUUAUCACAAAAGACUGACCACCAUGUUGGAUGACACAAGCAAAAGAAACUAGUCAGAAAUCUUUUGCUCAAGUCAUCCUAUAUGGUGGCGAUGACGUCAUUAUCAUGUGAACCAAGAAUAGUGGCUUCAGUUGUUGUUGCGCUGUGCUGCAAAAUCC